CCCGGAAGUGGAAAGGGGCAGGCGGGCUGGGCCCGGAAGUGCUUGGCGCGAGGGUCAAUAUGCCGCUACCCGUCCAAGUCUUUAAUUUACAGUAACUACACUGUACCUCCUGUGAGCUGACAGUAUAUGAUUAUGUGGAACGGGGGAAUGUGGCUCAAUAACACAAAUGUGAAAUUAAUGAAGGCCUGCAGUGACAAAGAGAAAAAGCCAGAACGUAUGAUUCUAGCCCUACCAUGCGGUGCGGUAGAGCCCAUGCAGAUUGAUAUAGACCCUCAAGAAGAUCAGCAAAAUGCACCGGAUAUCAACUAUGUGGUGGAGAACCCGACGCUGGAUCUGGAGCAGUAUGCAGCAAGUUACAGCGGCCUGAUGAGAAUUGAGCGGCUACAGUUCAUUGCUGACCACUGCCCGCAGCUGCGCGUAGAAGCCCUCAAAAUGGCUCUCUCGUUUGUCCAAAGAACAUUCAACGUUGAUGUGUAUGAAGAAAUUCACCGGAAGUUGACCGAAGCCACCAGAGAGUUACAAAACACACCGGAUGCUGUCCCAGAUGGAGGGAUAGAGCCCCCUCCUUUAGACACGGCGUGGGUUGAAGCUACCCGGAAAAAAGCGCUUCUCAAGCUAGAAAAGCUAGACACAGAUCUAAAGAACUAUAAAGGGAAUUCAAUAAAAGAAAGCAUCAGGAGAGGCCAUGAUGACCUAGGAGACCACUAUCUUGACUGUGGGGAUCUUAGCAAUGCCCUCAAAUGUUAUUCACGAGCCCGUGAUUACUGCACCAGUGCAAAGCAUGUCAUUAACAUGUGCCUCAAUGUUAUCAAGGUCAGCGUUUAUCUUCAGAAUUGGUCCCAUGUCCUGAGCUACGUCAGCAAGGCAGAAUCAACACCAGAAAUUGCAGAGCAAAGAGGUGAACGGGACAGCCAGACACAGGCAAUCCUCACUAAGUUGAAGUGUGCUGCAGGCUUGGCUGAACUGGCUGCCCGAAAGUACAAGCAGGCAGCAAAAUGCUUCUUGCUGGCCUCAUUUGAUCACUGUGAUUUUCCUGAGCUGCUCUCUCCUAGUAAUGUUGCUGUAUAUGGUGGCCUGUGUGCACUCGCCACCUUUGACCGCCAGGAACUGCAGCGCAAUGUCAUCUCCAGCAGCUCCUUCAAACUCUUCCUGGAGCUGGAACCACAGGUGCGUGACAUCAUAUUCAAGUUCUACGAAUCUAAAUACGCCUCAUGUCUCAAGAUGCUGGAUGAAAUGAAGGAUAAUCUGCUGCUGGAUAUGUACUUGGCACCUCAUGUGAGAACGCUUUAUACUCAGAUCCGAAAUCGGGCCCUUAUACAGUAUUUUAGCCCCUAUGUUUCAGCUGACAUGCGCAAGAUGGCCACUGCAUUCAACACUACUGUAGCAGCUCUGGAGGACGAGCUCACUCAGCUGAUCCUAGAGGGACUGAUUAAUGCCAGGAUAGACUCUCAUAGUAAGAUUUUAUAUGCACGGGAUGUUGACCAGCGUAGCACCACCUUUGAAAAGUCCUUGCUGAUGGGGAAGGAGUUCCAGCGUCGCGCCAAAGCUAUGAUCCUACGAGCGGCUGUCUUGCGUAAUCAGAUCCAUGUGAAGUCUCCUCCAAGAGAAGGAAGCCAAGGGGAACUCACUCCAGCGAACAGCCAGUCCCGGAUGAGCACCAACAUGUGAAGCUCUUUGAAUCAUCAAAAGACUCUUCCCCCUUCCCACCCAGGGCUGUGUGUGUACACCGUGUCUGCGCCACCAAUCCUCCCUUGGUGCCUUUUCAGACUCUCUAGGUGUGGGAGGGCCAGGACUGCUGGGGACAUGCCUUGAGAGUCUGAGAAACUCCUCUUAGAACAGAAACCUCCAUUAGAUGCAGCAUUUUCGAGAACCUGCGAGCGUGUUGGUACUGGGGUGUGUCUUGUCCAGGGUGUUUCCCAAACAGACCUUUCACUUGGCUUCCUUGAGCUGCCAGCAGAGCUUUCUAGUUUUCAUUCAGUAAAUUAUAUAGCAUGAAUCUGGAGGGACAAGUGUGUGUCUGUAGAACUUCUUAUUCAGAUAGGCACAGUAUCCCAGACCCUGUAAAACCCUCUCAAGCAACACCAAUAGGCAACCUGGCAGAAUUUCUGUUCACUUAGUGCAAGCUUUGGGUUUGCAUUUACCCUGGAUCAGGCCAACUUCAGACUUUUUUCAGUUUUUAGAAUCCGGAUUCUGCCUUGUUCAGGUUUUAGCUAAUGUUGAUGGUCCUUACCCAAUUUACUAGCUUACUUGGGCCCCAACAGAGAAAGUGAAAUGGCAGGGAAGGGCCUUCACUUGUAUCUGGGCUGAACCUCAUCUGGCUCGCUGAACUCCUGGAACCACUUAUUUAUCCUUUGCAAAAACAAGGGGGAGGGGAGAGUUGUGUUAGUGAUCCCAGGCCAGACUCUUAAUUGAGUUUUGUUAACAAGCAUAGUUUACAUAUUUGAAUACACCACAAUUCCUUUUGUUUAGGAUUCAUCCAUUGGGGAUUCAUCCCAGGGACAAGUUACAAAUUUGAACCUAGCCCUUGACAACUCAAUAGAUUUUCUUCAGACACUGUUAAUGCUAUUUAGUUUAAAACAAAGUUUUCUCCUAUGCAUUAAAAAGCAUAAUUGUAAAGAUGA